GUAAACUGUGUCUGAGUGGGAUAUUCAUGUUAAACUGCCGCAUGCUCACGAUCGAUUGCAACACUAUCACCCAGAUAGCUCAGUGAAUGAAAGUGUUUGAAUAUCGCCUUUAAAUACACAGUUGCCAUGGGUACAUUAUCAAAGAGUACAGAAAUGUUUUCAAAAGCGUCUAUCGCAAACAAUAGAACAAGAAUGAACAAAAAUAUAAUUAUGUCACCCAAUAAUAAUCCGUUCGCGUCAACACUGCCGGGCAGAUCUCGACGGACAGUCAUACGAUUUUACCUUGAAAAUGAGGUGUACGAAAUGGAGUAUGAGGAAAUUGACAGCUUGGAUUCUGCUUGGAAUUUUUCUUUUCCUUGUGUAUAAGUCAGCUUUCUUCACAGUGAAAAGACAAAAUUCCCCCCCUGAGAUAGAAGGUCCCGUCUCAAGAAAGUGCUCACCUGGGUUUUUCAACAGCGACGGUUUUAUCGAAAUACCAUCCGAGAAGACUCUUCCGAAACUGUCGUAUGAAGACCUGACCUGCCUGUAUCACAGGUUUGUGGAUAAUGUUGGUGUGCUGUGUAGAAACAUCGUCCGCCUGGGUAAACUGAAGGACGGUGGAUGGGAAGUGUGUCACGAUCAACAAUACAGGAUCCCCAACAAUUGCCUGGUCUACUCUGCCGGGAUAAAUAAUGACUUCAGUUUUGACGAUGCUAUAGCAAAGCAGUACGGAUGUAAAGUUCAUUCAUUUGAUCCGAGUGUGACCCUCCACAAGAAAGGUUUCCGUCAUGUCUGUGGAUUAUUAAGGCGAUGAUGAUAAACCAGAUAAAAUCAAAGCCAACAAGACGGGAUUGGAGAUGCGUACACUGGGAGCAAUCAAACAGGAACUUGGCCACGCGAAGCGACGUGUUGAUGUCUUAAAGAUGGACAUCGAACACUGGGAAUGGAAAGUUCUCCCACAAGCCAUUGCAAGCGGCUUCCUGGAUGACGUCACCACCCUCGAUCUGGAGCUCCACAGCUGGAUAAGAAAUAAAACGUAUAUUUACGAGCCCCCAGCUGGAGUUUAUUUGAGAUAUUUGAGAACACUGAGACAAUUACAUCAACUUGGUUUCCGUAUUUUCUUAACACACAAGAAUCUUGGAUCCUGUCAAUUCAGAUCUAGAUUUGGCAUGAUGAGGACCAGUUGUCAGGAGAUCGCCAUGGUUCAGACGAAAAUGAAGUUUGGGAUGCAAUAAAGGGGUGGAGUUUGUUUAGGCUGCGAAACUCUUGAGUUGUAACAAUCACUUUUAUUAUGACCGUAUACCGUCAGUAACAGCCAUUUUGAAUUUUGCAACACCCGCCUCACAUAUUUCACAUGAAAAUUCGGGUACAGAAAAUUCGUUAUUCUACACUGUUUUGUGUUUUAAUAUCAUUAAUUGUGAUGUGCAAAUGUAACCGGGGUUGUGAUGGCAAUAAGAAGGUCCAACACAGGCUACGGGUGUGAGUCUUUAUUGCCUUAGUAAUAUAGUGACACCCUGUAAUGUACAAAACUAUAAGAUUAUAAAACAGUAGUACACAGGUUUGAUACACACAUAUAUUAAUACAAUACAAAGCGACCUUUCAAAACAUAGUCUAUAUUCAUUACAUCAACAUGAACUUAAUAAUCAAUGAUACAUAAAAUCAUUAUCUUAACCCUGAAGUAAACAAACGAUUUAUCAAGGGCGAUAACUCGAUCCCGACAUUACUGAUAAGAUUACAAUAUAUAGAUGGUCCAUGGUUCUAAAAUACAAUGAACAUUACAAAUACAAUUACCACUUUGUUGAAACUACUAUAUUAAUUCAUUAACUGAUCAUACAUUUGGUAUGAUACACUAUUUACAAAAUAUAUUUCAUGACACGACAAACAUGUAAAUUAUCCGUACCCUGUGGGUGACACUGGGGUGUUUGUCCUCACCAGGCA